UUUAAUCCCAACAGGAAACGUGUUUUCUUUUUUUUAAGUUGUGCUGUAAAGACUUGUAUUGCGUUGGAUGUGUUGAUGACCAAAUGAAUAUCUAGAGCUGUCUAUAAGAGAGAGUGAGAGAGCAAGCUGAAGAGGUAAGAUCAGAUGGGAAGAACACCUUGUUGCUCAAAAGAGGGGCUAAACAGGGGAGCUUGGACGGCUAAUGAGGACCAAAUUCUCAGCGAUUACAUCAAAGCUCAUGGUGGAGGGAAAUGGGGAAGGAUUCCAAAGGAAACCGGUCUGAAGAGAUGCGGAAAAAGUUGCAGACUUAGAUGGUUGAAUUAUCUCAGACCAGACAUCAAAAGGGGUAACAUUUCUCAAGAAGAAGAAGAUCUGAUUAUUAGGCUCCACAAACUGUUAGGCAACAGGUGGUCUUUGAUAGCUGGGAGGCUUCCUGGGAGAACAGACAAUGAAAUAAAGAAUUACUGGAAUACAACUUUGGGGAAGAAGGUGAGAGGCGAAAAGCAAAAUCAACCUGCAGAUGAGAGAAAGAAUAUUAAGCUCAAAUCAUCUCAUGAAGCUCCACCAAUGAAUUCCCUUCAGUCCAGCUCUCCAAUACGGGCAAAAGCAUUGAGUUGCAGUGAGACUUUAGUAACUCAUCAGUUACAUCAAGGCAAAAAAAUCGAAACUAAUAAAGUGAAAGCAGAAGCCAACAUCGAUAAUUCAGAACGGCAAAUGAAGUCCAAUGAUGGAGGCCUGUCUCAGGAAAAUAAUCUUCUGCAAAACUCUCCAUUGGAGUUUAACUUUGAGGAGCUUAUGUCAUCUGAUAUGUCGGACUCAGACUUUUGGAGGCUGUAUAAUAAUUGCACAGAAGAAAGUGGCAAUGGCAGUGGGGGUGGUGGAGGUGCUAAUAAAAAGCUUCAUUUGGAUGAGUCGUUAUCCUUUGCAGAAGAAUUGCUCAAGGAUUGGAUUCGAGAUGAUGGUUUCUCUUGAAUCUCAAUUUAGUUCGUCCCAGAUUGGAGAUAAUCUAACAUUGAUAAAAUAAUUAACUGCACUAUUGGAGUAGACCCUAAGUGAGAGAUUCGUGGACUCGAUCCCAUGUGAACUGCACUACCGUGUUUGUGGCCUAAACAAAAGGGUUUUGAAUUGGUAAUGUUUCCCUGUUUAUUUUAUAGACUUCUUUUCUUUUCGACAUCUUCGUACUUACAUCCAUUCUAAAUUAAUGCUCCGUUACCUAUGUUCUCAAAAAAUAAGAGGAAAAGGAUAUGAACGUUUGUGAUGGUUGAUAGGAUA